AUGGGACGUAAACCUGUCAAAUUAUCCGUGAAGAGGAUGAAUUCGGAAGAUCCAACGAUAGAAAUCCAUGCAGAAUCUAAUGAUUCAAUAAAGUCUAUCCAUGAGAAAAUUCUGGUGGCAGCUAGAAUCCCUGUUACAGAGCAGAAAUUAUUCCACAAUGGGAAGCAACUAGAUCAGUGUCUUCACACACUCGAAGACUGCUUAAUUGAAAACGAAGCUUGGCUGGAGUUGAAGGUAGAACUCAGGUGGGACGACUCGGACGAAUCAUCAGCACUUCUCCAAAAGAUUCACAAAAUGAGUUCAAACUUUUGCCGCAUGUGCCAAGGGGAAUCUGUCUCCGAAGAUCAAGAUGUCUCGGAUCAUGAUUACAAGAACAUUCUCGAGGAGUUUAGACUCCCAGAAGAGGGUUUGGAGAUUCUUAAUUUGUAUUCUGUCCCUGCGACUAUGGUUAUGCUUUAUAAGUCACCAAUUGAAGGUAACAAAUACUAUGCUGAUUUUUUAAUAAGGUUUUCAAUGAAUCACUUACUGAUGAGUGCAGAUAAGCUUCUUGGUGAUGAAAAAGCACUUUUAGUGUUAGAAUUUUGUAAUUUGCUUAGGGAGGUAUCUAAUAAAGAUCCUCUGUAUCUGUCAUGCCGGACUACUCUAAGAAAAUUGCUGGAAAUAGGUAAGGAUGAGAUACAUCUCAAUAAUGGGUUACUCACAAUGCACGAAAUUUUAGUGUUUUUUAAAGAGUCGUUAGGAGCCCUAUUACAUGGAUUGCGCGAGACCACCUACCCGACCGCACACGUUCAGUCUUUGAAAAUUCAAUUUCGGGACUUCCGGACAUUCUCACGCGCAUUAUGUCAAGCAAUUGUUGGUCAGGCGGGAGCCGCUGAAGAUGGUGAGGUUGAUAAUGUUGAUGAUGAGACAGAUGAAGAUGGUGAGGUUGAUAAUGAUGAUGAUGAGACAGAUGAAGAUGAUGAGGUUAAUAAUGAGGAUGAUGAGCGUAAGGUUGAUAAUGAGGAUGAUAAGCGUACAAAAAAGAUAGUUCGGGCCUCGAAUAGAGCAAUUAAAUUUGGAUUUAGAGAAGUAUUGAAAAGAAUGGAGGCGCAUCUUAGUCGUCUGCUGCUUAUAGUACAAGUAUCGACAUAUACUGAUGCUUUGGUAUUUAAUGAUGCAAUGCGUUCUAUUUCAUUUUUGUAUGGCGCCAUUCUGAAAGAAUUGAACAGCAUGUCUCAGCUUGUGAAGGGUGGUAGAGAUGAGUUUGGGCUGGUAUUAGAGGGUCAUAAGUGUUCACUGCAACUGAUGAUUAAAAACUUUACAAGGAAAGAUGAUUAUAUUUGGCUUCUUGAGCACAGUGCUGUGCCUGAUUCUGAAUCCAUGAUACAUUUACUCAUGAUGAAGAUGAUCCCUGAGGAAAAAUUAUACGACGCAGAGCUCUAUUAUCCUCUUAUUCGCUGGUCUAGAUAUCUAGACGUAAAGCUGUAUAAGAAAUUCAAAAAGAAGGAUCUUACAGAUUCUCAAGUAUUGCAGGAUUGGUUAUGCAAGUUGUGCCAAAUUCUAUUCAAACCACAAAAUCGUCUUUUUCUGGCGUGCCCAAAUGAUCCAACAAAAUUCUAUCCUAAUCCUGAAUUGGAGCCAGAGCCAUUUCACUGGGAUUGUUUUGAAAUUUGUGGUAAGGCGAUUGCAUUGGCAUUGAUGCAUGAAGUACACGUAGGUGUUGCUCUUCAUCGUGUCUUUCUUUUGCAACUGGCUGGAAAGGAUAUUUCCGUAGAAGACGUAAGGGAUGCAGAUCCAUCUUUUUACAAUAACGAGGCCUAUAAGGAACCUUUUCAUGAUGAUGAUCAAAUUCAGAAUGAAUUUAUCAAGUCAAUAGCAGAAAAGAUACGCUUUUUCAAAAAGGGCUUUGAUAGUGUUUUUGAAAAAUCAAUCUUCCAACAGCUAUCUGAUAAUGGAAUAGAGCCUGAAGACCUUAACCUAGUUCUAAAAGGAAGCAUAGAACUUGAAUUUAAUUCUGAUGAGAAUCUUGAGGACAAGCAAAAUGAUGCUUUGAUGCCCCAAGAUAAUGAAAGUGAUCCCCUGACGUACAGGUACUUAAAGUUCAAUCUACAAAAGCUUAAUAUUCCGAAGUGGCAAAAGGGUAAGCGUCUCGGAGAGGGAAAAUUUGGAAAAGUGUUUGAAGGAUAUGCUCCUGGCGGUUUCUUUUUUGCCAUAAAGGAAAUAAAAAUUGAACCUGAGUUAAGACAUCCAAAUAUAGUCAAAUACUAUGGCAUGGAGGAGCGUGAACGGGAUCUCUAUAUUUUUCUGGAGCUUGUAACUACAGGUUCCCUCCAACGUGUGUAUGUGUUAGAUAAUCAGAGUACCUAA